AUGGAACACUUCCAUCUUGUGAAGGAUAAGCUUGGAAAAACGUUAGGAAGUCCACAGGAAAUAAUAGAGAGAUGGCGAACGUACUUCGAAGAAAUGUCGUCUAUUGCCAGCAUUGGCACAGCCAUCCCACCAGCUGAACCUGCGGAAGGACAGUACCACACACAGCAGAGGAAGUAUGGCUUGCUAUAGCA